CGCCGCUGCGCCCUCCUCUCGGUCCUGCCGUCCGUCGAGGUUAGUCUCCACGUUCCUUUCCCUCCACCCAUGAACUGUAUCAGUAUCAGAUCCGCUUUUGUUUGGUUUCGCGAUGAGCUAGUAGAGCGGGGCAGGUGCUGCGGAUGGGUCUAGCGAUGGAGGACGACGGUGUCGUCGCACGCACCUCGUCGGCUUCAUGAUUUAUCCCCUCUGCCCCAUGCGUGCUCAAACUAGGAACUAGGCUUCACAUUCUUCUCCCCACAAAUCGUGGUAGCUGCGUCCUUGCAGGAUUUGUGGGAAUUGCGGUUGCUUUUCAUGCGCCUUCUGCUUUGACGUGAUUGCUUGUAUUGAUUCCCGAUGCUCCUGUGCGAGGCUGUUACUCUGUAUUGUUUUCUGUGUGUUCUGUUUUUGCAUGAUCCGUGAAGCGUCUCUUGUAAUAGUGUGUUCUGCUUGUGCAUUAUCCGUGAAGCUUGUCUUGCAAUACUGAUAUGCUGUCCUGAUGGAAUGUCCAGGGAGGCUAUAUACUUAGUUAGCGAACAAGUACAUCAUGAUGUAGGUGUUUGAUGCUGAGAGAUACCGUACUUUGGUUGUCGGUCUGCAUUAGGCACCGGUUGGGUGCUUGCUGGUCAGCUGUUUUGUAGGUUAGAUUAGACCCGGCACAAGACUGCUUAUUAUAAUAUCAAUUUAGCUGUGGUAAUUAGAUGGGGCAUUCUUCAGGAUCUAGUUCUUGUUGAUCAAAGCAGACUAAUUGCAAACUAGACGAUGAAGGGUGUGGAAUACUGCUAGUGUUAAUUUAAUGGUAUGUUGUUUAUGAACUAAAGCUUUAUCCUGCACGAUCUCAUUGAUGAAACGAACUAAUACACAUGUGAUGAGUAGUUUACAACCACUAGAGCCGAUAUCAUGGAUAUCCUGUUAUUAGCCUUACGUUGUCUCAUACAUUGGUCUGGCUUUGUACGUACUAUUUUGUUACCUUUCUUCUGAGUACUAACUUUCAACUGUAUAGGUCAUGUGGUUAAGCUUGGUAUCUCCUUUAGAAUGCAUUUAUUUACAUGAUUUUUAGUAUAGCACCAGAUGAGUCUUUUUCGUUAGAUGAAUGUUUGUACUAAACAAGCAAACCUUUACAUUGUUUUUCAUUGAUGUAGCGGCAUGGUUACUUGUACCUUUGGUUGUGUUACAUAAAUGCAAAUGGCUGUUUCCUCUGAUAUUCUUGUCUGUGUCUGGCAUGAGACCCUUACAACUGUAUCUCUUUGUUCAGGUAAAAGGACAGCAUGGUGAGGGUCAGCGUGCUCAAUGAUGCUCUCAAGUCCAUGUACAAUGCUGAAAAGAUAGGGAAACGUCAGGUCAUGAUCAGGCCGUCAUCCAAGGUGAUCAUCAAGUUCCUGACGGUCAUGCAGCGCCAUGGUUACAUUGGCGAGUUCGAGUACGUGGAUGACCACAGAGCUGGGAAGAUCGUGGUGGAGCUGAAUGGAAGACUGAAUAAAUGUGGUGUUAUUAGCCCACGUUUUGAUGUAGGUGUUAAGGAGAUCGAGGGAUGGACGGCGAGGCUUCUUCCAUCUCGCCAGUUUGGCUACAUCGUCCUAACAACUUCUGCUGGAAUUAUGGACCAUGAGGAGGCCCGCCGUAAGAAUGUUGGUGGCAAGGUUCUAGGUUUCUUUUAUUGAAAAUGUGUUUUUUUGAGCCACAGAUGCGUCCAAGAACUCGUCUGAUGUUUUGAGGUUUGUUAAGACUGGGUGUCCGAGCCUUUGUGGUUUGUUAAGACAGCGAUGUGUCAUGUAUUUCAGAAAUUGGGAUUUUUAUGAGAUGUACCUGCGAGAGCCCUGUCUGUUUCGAUUUUCAGAUAUUGGUUUUGAUUUAUGCGAUACAAACAGGUCCUUUAGUCC